UGUACAUGUACAUCUUAUUCUAUUUCACUAUAUUAGCUGAUUAUCCUAAACUCACUGGAUUACACAGUCAAUUGAAAUUGAAUCCAGGCUUGUCAAUAGUACCAAAUCCGAAUUUUCAAACAAGUCUUAUUAAUUUUCGUACAUCAAAUCCUGUGUCCUAUUCAUCCAUGAUCGAUGAAAUGACUGGAUUUCUAUCAUAUUAUCAAUAUCAUAUUGUUGGUGGUAUGUUUGCACAAUGUGAAGAUAAUCCGAAAUUAUUAGAAAUGCGACGUCCAUGUCGAUUUAAUUUGGAUUCAAGUGGUCCAUGUAAUUUAAAAAAUGGUUAUGGUUAUUAUGAAGGUAGACCAUGUUUCGUUAUAAAAUUAAAUCGAAUUUAUGGUUGGUUACCAGUACCCUUGACUAAUUAUACUGGUGUUUUGGUGAAAUGUGAAGGACUUACUAAAAUGGAUUCAGAUUAUUUAGGUAAAAUAUGUUAUUAUGAUAUGGAUUCAUUGAAACAUCAUCAUGCAUUUAAAACAGAUACGGAUUGGUGUGAUAAAAAUUAUGGUAUUUAUAAUUCAAUGUUUUAUCCUUAUUUAAAUCAAGCUGGUUAUCAAUCACCAUUAGUAUUUGUACAUUUUCAUAAUCCUAAACGUCAUGUGAUUAUUUGGAUAAAAUGUUAUGCUUUAGCUAAAAAUAUUCAUGUUAAUCUUAAGUCAAAUGAAGGUUCUAUUGUAUUUCAAAUACUUGUUGAUUAA